AUGAUGAACUCGGGGCAAAAUUACAGGCUCGUUGAUACUCCGCUCACUAUGAAAGCCGCACUCGUAUUUCUGGGCCUGGCAUUCGCUGCGACAGCAGCUCCCAGCAGCAAUUACCGGAGCCGGCCGGCGAAACAUGGUGUUCAUCUCUUAGGGGCUCGGAAUGCCUCGACCGCCGGGACCAAGAUUAUUUUGGACAAUGACUGGAGCACUGCCGGCUUUAUCCCGUAUCUCCUGGCUCUCGACGCCGGCUGGGACGUGCUUGGUCUCGUUGGCGAUACUGGCGACUCGUGGGCUCUCCAAACCAGCCUUCAUGGACUCGCGACCCUAGAAGCGGGCAAUUUGUCUUCAUGUAUCCCGGUGUAUAAAGGCUCCGACUAUCCACUGGUCAACACCCCUGAGUUGUUCCAGACAUGGGAGGACCUUCAUGGCGACUUGCCCUGGCAAGGUGCUUUCGCUCCCGAGAACCUCACUGCUGAGGAACUCGGCAAUGACCCAACAUCGGGCGACCCAGAGAAGAUUGUGAAGGCCGCCUUCAACGAGGGCUUCCCCAACGGAACCCUGGCGGGGAACAACUCCGCCGCCUGGAUGGUUGAGCAGGUGCGCAAGUAUCCUGGAGAGGUCAUGAUCUUCAGCGGUGGUGCUCUGACCAACAUUGCACUGGCUGUUCGUCUGGAUCCUCAGUUUGCCUCCUUGGCUAAGGGGCUUGUGAUCAUGGGCGGAUAUCUCGACGUGACCCUCCUGCAGACGUCUGGGUCUGUUCUGCAAGCGGACCUCAGCUCGGACAUCAAUCUCAAGAUUGAUCCGGAGGGAGCCAAAGUUGCUUUAACGGCUGACUUCCCAAGCACAACAAUCGUGGGCAAUGCUGCCAACCAGGUCAUGUCAACUCAGGACUACUUGGAUGAAGUCUAUGAAGUUGAGACCCCGUACACCAAGCUCGUCCAUGAAUACUACGGUACAGACUUCCCUUUCUGGGAUGAGACUGCAAUGUUCUCUGUAUUGGACACCAGCAACGUGCUCAAUUCCACGACAUUCUACCUUGAUGUCGAUGUUGCUUAUGCAUCACCUUAUUAUGGAAAUAUCAUUGGAUACCAGGAGGCGUUGAAGCCCCGUGCGCAGAAGCUGCAAGAAGUAAACUUCAUCUAUGAGAUCGAUGGAGAUAAGCUCAAGACUACGAUGAAGCAUGCAUUGCAGUACCCUAAGACAUGCUCGGACAUGGUUUAG